CAGCGCGGUUCCGGGGCGGCUCCGGCGGGGGCGGUGCCGGGGCCAUGCCGGGCGGCGGGGCCGGGCUGCGGCGGGCGCUGCUGGGAGCGCGGCGGGCCAUGUCUUCCCAGUCUCACUGGUUGACAACGGAGGAGAGGAACCAAGUUUUACUGGAUCUCAAAGCUUCAGGCUGGUCUGAGUUGGGUGAAAGAGAUGCCAUCUACAAGGAGUUCAAUUUCAAAAAUUUUAAUCAGGCUUUUGGAUUCAUGACCCGGGUUGCUCUACAAGCAGAGAAGAUGAAUCACCACCCAGAAUGGUUCAAUGUCUACAACAAGGUUCAGAUAACUCUGAUUUCCCAUGACUGCGGUGGGCUGAGCAAGAGAGACGUGAAGCUGGCUCAGUUUAUUGACAAAGCUGCUGCCUCAGUUUAACCAAGAUGUAAAUUGCUCUAAUGCAGUGUCCACCCAUAUUUUUUGUUUAAAUGGUGUCCCUCUUUACUUGUAACCCUGAUUUCACAAACCCCUUGAGAUAAGAUACUUUUUGUAAAAAGAGUGGCUUAGCUUUGCUGACCUUUAAGACCUUAGUCUUGAGACCCUUCUGGAUGCUUGUGCUUGUCCUUUCCCAUUGCUGGCUCUGCAGGAGGAUGCAGCAGAUAAACCAGCAAGAAAUAAGUUUUGAACAUAUAAAUAAGUAAGUUUAGUAACUAAACCAAGCUGGAAUGAAAUUGGGAGCCCACCCACAUGUGUCAGUGUUCCCCAAGCCUAGAGGAGCUUGUGGCAGCUGCCAUGUGAUCUUACCCCAUGCCUGGCCACUUCCCUCCUAUAGAUUUGUACCUCUCUGCACUUCACACAGGGUAAGAGCAGCUCAGCCAGGUCAGUCCACUCUGGCUUGGUUUGGGUUGGGAGGAACCUUAAAGCUCAUCUUGUUCCACCCCCUCCGUGGGCAGGGACACCUUCCACUAGACCAGGUUGCUCCAAGCCCUGUCCAGCCUGGCCUUGGACACUUCCAGGUGCAGGAUUGGAUCUUGCAGUUGCCGAAAACCUCAGCUCUGGAACAGCAAAUACAAAAAGAUCCCGCUGAGCUCCCGGCACUCACAUCAGUAAAUGAAUGCUUGGCUUAAGUGCUUGGCCAGGUCAGUGCUCAGCACCUUGCAGGAUUGAGCCAUUAUUUGUGUUGUAAUGCUCCAGUACCUGCAGGAUCAGGCCAGGGUAGCUUGGCUGGGUGCCUGGAACCCCGACCAGAGCUGCCGGCGGUGAAGGAAGCGGCAUUAGCAGGAUUCUUGCUAAGCUGGGCUCAACUGAACCUGUGCUCACCCUUCCCUUUUUUUUUUCUGUAGCUACAAUUACUCAUUGCAAACGUUGUGGUGGGAGCUGCAGAUCCCACUGUCAAGGUUUAAAACCAUUCCUUCCGCGGUUUCCAAGUCUUUGUUUUUAUCCCGUGAUCCUCACCUAGACAGAUUCCCAGUGCCGGCAGGGAGAUUUCACCCUGCUCCAGGCUCCCAGGAGGGCCUCUCUCCCUGCAGUCCCGCUGCUGAGUGUCCCCAGCGUGCUCUGUCAUGCCUUGGGAGCAGCUCCGGGCUCGGAGCUCCCGGGAGAUUGACACCUCCGAAAUGCCGGAGCGCAUUGCUGGGAUGACCCCGGCGGCACAGCCACCAGCUACUGAGAGCUGAGGGUGCCAAACCCUGUAUCAGGGGGAUGUGCGAGGUGUGUGGUCUCUCGGGUAUUUCGGGCUGCAAAAUGCCACGAGCUGCCACCCAAGCGCUCGCGUCGAUGAAAUAAGAAAGGUAUUUUUUGUAAAUCCUCAGGAGCGCCACUGUCACGUGCUAAUUAGUUGCAGGAAGCGAGAUGUUGGGGUUUGUUGUCAGAAACCCUACUUGGGAUAUCGAGUUAAUACCUAAAAAGAACCCAAAUUCAGGCUGCGUGCUCAGAUGUCCUUCUCUCACAAGUGCCUUCCCCCAGUGGAGUGGAGGAUUUCCCCGAUAUGGUUUGAAAAUGGUCACUGUUGUGAGGAGUGAAUAAAAGUAAAACAAACAACCAGGCUGUGAUGUCUCCUGUCACUGGUGGGGAAGUGAAAUGAGCUUCACCCAAAGUUUUGACAGCAUCUCUAAUGAACUGUGAAAAGCCUGCUGUUAGGAAUUGAUAUAUAACUGUGUGUGCGUUGAAUAAAACCAAUAAAAUCAAA